AUGUCGAAGUGGAUAGGUUACGCCGUGUCAGUAAACUGUGGCGAGCCCCUGGGAUGUUACCAGGGCACUAUACUGGAGGCCGACGGUAGCACCAUCACCUUGACUAAAGCAUUUAGGAAUGGAUUCCCCUACCCAAAGUCUCAAGUUACACUGAAUUCAGCUGAUAUAAAGGACCUAAAAAUAAUUGAAGAAGCACGUUCAGAGCCAUCAGAACAUUUACAUAGUACUGUAGCCGUCACUAAGAGUGCCAAGAAAGGUCAAAGAGCUACCGUGUGUGAAAAUUUGGAAGCAAAUCCCUCACAUCCCACUGGAUCACAGACCUGCAACAAGACGAGCGGCACCAGGAGCGCACCCUCGGCGGCGCCGCGGAGCAAACCUAUAGACAUACAGGGGCCGAGGGUUAAUAGGAAUACACAUACAGGCAGCUACGGUAAUGCGAGCUCGACUCCCAAGACGCGCGCUCAGCCCGGAGGGGAGCGGGCCAGGAGGAGGAACGAGGCGUGCUUCGGACACGACGCGGACCCCGCGCUGGGAGACGACUUCGACUUCGAGGGGAACCUCGCGCUCUUCGACAAACAGGCGCUGUGGGAGGAGAUGAGGAGCAGCGCCGCGACCAGGCCGGACGUGGUGCGGGCCGCGGACGAGGCGGCGCGCUACAGGCACGACGAGAACGUGCUGGGGAGCGCGCCGCCCGCCGACCACAUCACCGUGCCCGCGGACCGGAGGGGGCCCGUGGUGUACGCCGCAGACGACGGGCGCAGGGUGCCCUCCGUCACCCUCGACCUGCGGAGAGACUUCUGGCUCGGGCUGCGGCGGCUCGGGCUGCUGGAGGGCGCGCAGGUGCUGCUGGCGCGCGCCGCCGCCGACCUGGCGCUGAGGCUGGCGGGCGGCGGGCGGCGCCUCGAGCCUCGCAACGCGCACCAGGCGCCCGUGGCCGCCGUGCUGGCCGGCCUGCACGACGGCGGAGUGUGCGGACUUGUGGCCGCGAGGAUCUUGGCGGCGCACGGUGUCGCGGCGCACGCCUUCCUGUCGGGGGCCGCGCUCGACCCGCCCGGCGCGGCGCUGCGGCGUGAGCUGGGCGCGCUGGCGUCGGCCGGCGUGGCGCGAGUGGAGCGGCCGGACGAUCUGCCGCCGGCCGACGUGGUUCUCCUGGCGUUGUCCUCGCCGGAGGAGCGUGAAUCUCGAGAGCCUCACGAGUCGUACGAAGCGGCGCUGGUGUGGGCGAGGGCGGCGCGCUCGGCGUGCGUGGCGCUGGAGCCUCCCGCGGAGGGCUGGGCGGGCGUGUCGUGCCGCGCGUCCGUUGUGGCAGGCCUGCCGGCCGCCCUGUCCCCGUCCCUGGGCCGGGUGUACGCGGCCAACGUGGCGGCGCCGGCCCGUCUGUGGCGCGAGCUGGGCGUGUCCUACCGCCCGCCCUUCGGAGCCUCCUCGGUGCUGGCGCUGGACUGA